GAGCGCAAUGGCCUCGCCUCGUACCACCGCCCAGCGAUUCCAAUCUCUCCUGUGCGACAUUGGCUAGCAGCGCAGAGUAUCCAUACGAAUGCUACCCAUGGUCAUGCCAGCCCUCCACACAUGUUUGGCAAAAAGUGGCAAAGCACGGCAGGGAAUCCCCCGAUGGCCAGGCCAGCCAUUCGCCUACGGCGCAAUAGCUCGCUCCCUCGUGGCGGCUCGAUAUGGCAUGCUUGAACAGCACCGCCGGGCUUGACCUCGUGGGUUCCAGUCAAAGCAGCGUUACAUUGCCCAGGGAGCCUGGCAUCGAG